AUGGCGGAACUGGCUGACAUUGCGCCGAUCUUCUCCAGCUAUUCAGCUUCCUCUUCCGGCGAGAUAGACGGCAGGAGCUUUACGAAGCUUUGCAAAGACUGUAGCCUGGUGGAUCGGAUCUUCAGCUCGACGGAUGCCGACCUGAUCUUCGCAAAAGUGGUGCCGAAGGGACAGCGCCGCAUCACCAUAGCCGAGUUUGAGAAGGCUCUCGGCCUCAUCGCCGAACGGCGUGGAUGCAGCCAGGAGGAUGUCAUGCAAAGGGUCGCCGACGGAGCGGGUCCAGCCCUGGAAGGUACCAAGGCCGAGGCUGUGCGGUUUCAUGAUGACAAGACAACCUACACGGGCACCCAUGCACGCGGCGGGCCGGAGUCUGUACCGAAGGGCUACGGCCAUGUGCCCCAGUCCAUGAAGCCACGGCGGUCGCUGUCACGGACAUCUAGCGGAGCAUGUGCUUUGCCAAAUCUCCUCGGUGCUAGCACUGGCAGCAGUUCCGGAUUGGAGCGCAAGCUCAGCCGAACAGGAUCCAAUGGAUGGAUACGGCCAUUGACUCCCCUUGAAAAAGCUGCAACAAUCGGUCGCAGGGAGGGCUGUGGUCUCCUGGAGAAUGUCUUUGAAGCAUAUUGCAGCCCAGGUCAAACAGAAAUGGAUGGGAAAGGUUUCGCCAAGCUGAUGAAGGAUAGCAAGAUCGUGGGUACAAGGUUCACGACAACGGAUGCUGACUUGACUUUCGCCAAAGUCGUGUCGAAAGGCCUUCGGAGGAUCGACUUCUUGCAGUUUAAGGCUGCACUACUGAUCGUGGCAGAGAAGAAGAACGUGGAAGCAGGAGACAUUUUUGAAGCUGUGGCCAGGCAGUUUGCUGGUCCUCAGCUGUGCGGCACGCGAACCGAGUCAGUACGCUUCCAUGAUGACAUCAGCACAUAUACAGGCGUGCAUGCCAAUGGGGGCCCCGAUGCUGUGGCCAAAGGCACUGGCAGCGCGCAGUUGGCUUCUUUUCGCUUGUGA